UCGGGACGCGCGGUCUAGGCGCUGUGGCCAUGCCUGGUGGCGCCCUAGCGACUAUCCUGAGACCAGCGCAACCCUGGUAGACGACACCCCGGGCCCGGCUGGCCCGGCCAUGCCGCUGGAGACGGAGGACGCGCUGUACGUGGCACUGGAGCUGGUCAUCGCCGCUCUGGCGGUGGCGGGCAACGUGCUGGUGUGCGCCGCGGUGGGCGCCUCGAGUGCUUUGCAGACCCCCACCAACUAUUUCCUGGUGUCUCUGGCGGCGGCCGACGUGGCCGUGGGACUCUUCGCCAUCCCCUUCGCUAUCACCAUCAGCUUGGGCUUCUGUACGGACUUCCACAGCUGCCUCUUCCUCGCCUGUUUCGUGUUGGUGCUCACACAGAGCUCCAUCUUCAGCCUCUUGGCUGUGGCCGUCGACAGGUAUCUGGCCAUUCGCGUCCCGCUCAGGUAUAAAAGUUUGGUCACUGGGAGCAGAGCAAGAGGGAUCAUUGCUCUCCUCUGGGUCCUUGCGUUUGGCAUUGGAUUGACUCCGUUCCUGGGUUGGAAUAGUAAACACAAAGCCACCAGCAACUGCACAGGAUCUGGGGAUGGAAGCAUGAAUAAAAGCUGCUGUCCUGUGAGGUGUCUCUUUGAGAAUGUGGUCCCCAUGAGCUACAUGGUGUAUUUCAACUUCUUUGGGUGUGUCCUUCCUCCACUGCUCAUAAUGAUGGUGAUCUACAUCAAAAUCUUCAUGGUGGCCUGUAAGCAGCUCCAGCGCAUGGAGCUGAUGGACCACUCAAGGACCACUCUGCAGCGAGAGAUCCAUGCAGCUAAGUCACUGGCCAUGAUUGUAGGCAUUUUUGCUCUUUGCUGGCUACCAGUACAUGCCAUCAACUGUGUCACUCUUUUCCAUCCAGCUCUUGCCAAGGAUAAGCCCAAGUGGCUAAUGAAUGUUGCCAUCCUCCUGUCGCAUGCCAACUCAGUUGUCAACCCCAUUGUAUAUGCCUACAGGAACCGAGACUUCCGCUACACUUUCCACAGAAUCAUCUCCAGUUAUGUUCUCUGCCAGACAGACACCAAAGGUGGGAGCGGGCAGGCUGGGGCACAGUCUGCUCUCAGUCUGGGCUUAUGACCAAGGCUCUAGCCUUUUGGAGAAGGCUUAAAAUAAACAAUGGGACUCCCACAACUGGCUGAUGCUCACUGUGAAAGGCAGCUGCACCUCCCAAGCAAAUGAGCUGCUCUUCUGAGUCCGACCUGGAGUUACACAAGUCUAGCUAAUAUGCAUAUGCAAUCGGUAGGCUCCAAGGUUAAAUACAUCUAUGAAUCUAUUCAGCUGCUCUGUGUGGAUGAUGACAGUGGCUUGAACUGAUUCCCAAAGAUGUUUUAUUUUUAAGAAUCUGCCUUAUUCAUGGUAGAAAAUGACUAAAACUUACUUUACUGUGAAACACUGUGAACUAUUAUAAUAAAAGUAUUUUUCACUUAAAGCAAUGGGAAAAUAAAAGUUGGCUAUACUAUUGUAUACUUGUUCCUAGGACCGCAACUCUGAAAACUAAAGUAUAAUUCUUCAAUUAAGAUACUGUUGUAUUAAUUUAGGAAAUGAUAUUCUCCUACGUUUUGAAAUAGAAUUAUGAUUUUAAAAAACAAUUUUAAGUUCAGUGUUUUCCAUGUACACAAAAUACUAGAUAGAA